UUGUUAACCAGCUAUACUCCAACAUAAAAUAAAAAGUUAAAAAAUAAAGGUCAAAUACUGUAUGAUUCCACUUAUAUGAGGUACCUAGAAUAGUUAAAUUUGGACAUUGACAGACAUUACAAUUGUUGCCAGGGGCUGAAGGUGGAAUGGAGAUGUCUAGUUACUGUUUAAUGAGUACAAAAUGUCAAUUUGAGAAGAUGAAAAGACUUCUGGAGAUGAUGGCUGCACAACAAAGUGAAUAUACUGAAUGCCACUGAACUUCAAAUGCUCCUUCAGUCUGACAUGGCAGAAAAACCAAUGCGUAUGUCCACACAAAUACCCGAUGAUGAAGAUAUACAAAAAGAAGAUAAUAUCCGUUGUUUAACUACGCUUGGUCAUUUUGGUUUUGAUUGUUUGCCUCAACAACUGGUGAACAAAUCUGUUCAACAAGGGUUCUUUUUUAAUAUUCUCUGUGUGGGGGAAACUGGGAUUGGAAAAUCAACAUUGAUCGACACACUGUUCAAUACUAACUUGAAAGACAAAAAAUCCUCACAUUUUUGCCCAAAUGUUGGACUUAAAAUUCAGACAUAUGAACUUCAGGAAAGCAAUAUUCAGUUGAACUUAACUGUUGUGGAAACAGUGGGGUAUGGUGAUCAAAUAAACAAGGAAGGCAGCUACCAGCUAAUAGGUGACUACAUAGAUGCUCAGUUUGAGUCCUAUCUUCAAGAAGAAUUGAAAAUUAAGCGUUCCUUUGUUGACUACCAUGAUUCCCGUAUCCACGUGUGCCUUUACUUCAUUUCACCUACAGGACAUUCUCUGAAACCCCUUGAUCUAUUAACCAUGAAGAACAUUGACAGUAAGGUGAACAUUAUACCACUGAUUGCCAAAGCAGAUACAAUUUCUAAAAAUGAUUUACAGAAAUUUAAGUGUAAGAUAAUGAGUGAAUUGAUUAGUAAUGGCAUCCAGAUAUACCAGUUCCCAACAGAUGAUGAAGCUACCAUGGACGUGGACACCUCAAUGAAUGAACAUUUACCUUUUGCUGUAAUAGGAAGUACAGAUGAAGUGAAAGUUGGAAAAAGAAUGGUCAGAGGCCGUCAGUACCCUUGGGGAGUUUUACAAGUGGAAAAUGAAAAUCACUGUGACUUUGUUAAGCUCCGGGAUGUGCUUUUUUGUACAAACAUGGAAGACUUGAAAGAACAAACCCACACUUGGCACUAUGAACGUUAUAGGUGCAGCAAACUUCAGAAAAUGGGAUUUACUGAUGUGGAUCCAGACAACCAGCCAGUAAGUUUUCAAGAGAUCUAUGAAGCCAAAAGGCAGGAUUUCUUGGAUCAAUGUCAGAGGGAAGAAGAAAAGUUGAAACAGAAGUUUGUGCAGAGAGUAAAGCAGAAAGAAACAGCAUUUAAAGAAGCUGAAAAAGAGCUACAGGACAAGUUUGAGCAUCUUAAGAGGGUCCAACAAGAGGAGACAAUGAAACUUGAGGAGGAGAGAAGACAAUUGGAAGAAGAAAUAAUAGAUUUUUAUAAAAUGAAGGCUGCCUCUGGAACAUUGCAGACUCAGGAGUGUACCAGUAUAAGGAAGGACAAAGAUCCUCACAUUCAAGUGCAACAGCCUUGGUGAUGUAAACUGUGGUCAUGUCCAUGCUGAACCCCUUCAUCUACAGUUUGAAGAACAAAGACAUAUACAAACAGCUUUGAAAAGACUCUUUGGGAAGGAAACUAUAAAAGACCAGUUGUCCUAGGGCUGAAGAAGUACGCAUGAUUGCAAGGAUCAAAGCCUGUGAGCCAGAAUUUCCAAUUAUUUUAUCAGAGUGUGGAAGUAGGACUUGCUACUUUUUUAUUGCUAGAGUUUCUAUUUCUUUGAUUUCAACUUCUCUCUACAAUUUAUACAGCUCACUUUAUUAAGCUUCCUGCCCUGACAAUGAACAGGGUUAUUUCCCCUUUGUCAUUCUCAUAUUCUCUCAAAUUUAUUCCCAACCUUGGACUUAAAAUAUUUGGCAAUUCUCAUUUAUUUCAUGGGACUACUUAGAUUUCUUAAAAAUAAUUUAUUCUCAAGUGAUGUAGAUCACACUAAUUUUUGUUUGAUUUUACUAAAAGAAUAGCCAUGAGUUACACAACUCCUAUGGAGAAACUAAACUUGGCAACCAAGACAAUUUAUAUAAUUUUAUAACACAGAAAAAUCUGAGACUACACUUUUUCACUUUUAUGCCCAAUAUUCAUUGUAUAUCACUGACUUAUUUGUUCUCCCUGAAAACAUAGACUUUGAAAUGCUAGUGUCUCAUGGUCAUAGGGUUUGAUUUUCCUCGUUAAGAUUCUAUUCUCAAAAAAAAAAAAAAAAAAAAAAAAAAGAUUCUAUUCUCUUAUUCAAGCCCAUGUCCACACUGUCUACCAGAUUCACUGGCAUAAUGAUUAUCAAAUACAUUUAUCCAAGUUUUUAAUAAUUUCAAUUUCUUUUGUAAAGAACUCUUUCUGUUCAUUAAUUUUAUUCCUGUGUUCAUUGAAUUGUCCUUCUGAGUUUUCUUGUCGCUCACUGAAUGUCUUCGUAACAGAGAUUUUGGAUUCUUGAUCAGUUAGAUUGCAAUAUUCCAUGCCUUUGUGUUCAGCUGCUGGAAAAUUAUCAUUUUCUUUUUAUGAUGGCCUAUUUCCUUGAUUUUUUGUUAGUUUCAGGUAUAUAGCAAAUUGAUUCGGUUAUACAUAUGUAGAUAUCUAUAUUCUUUUAAAAUUCUUUUCCAUUAUAGGUUGUUACAAGAUAUUGAAUAUAGUUCAGUAUACUGUAUGUGCUAUGCAGUAAAACUUUGUUGUUUAUCUUUUUUUUUUUUUUUUUUUGCGGUACGCGGGCCUCUCACUGCUGUGG